GUUAGCAGAGUUGUGGUUUCGUUCUGUUUUGAGUGUUUCACCGGCGACCCUGUGGUCUGCUAAUGGCCUCGUCGCUUCAGGCCCGCUUGUUUCCCGGUCUCGCCAUCAACAUCCAACGCAGUAAUGGCUUAAUUCACAGUGCCAGUGUGAGGACUGUGAACUUGGAGAAAUCCUGUGUUUCGGUGGAAUGGACUGAAGAAGGUGCCACAAAGGGCAAAGAGAUUGAUUUUGAAGAUGUGGCCGCAAUAAACCCAGAACUCUUACAGCUUCUUCCCUUACACCCAAAGGACAAUCUGCCCCUGCAGAAUGUAACGGUUCAGAAACAAAAACGCAGAUCAGUCAACUCCAAAAUUCCCAUUCCAACGAAAGGUCUCCAGAGCCGCUCCACUCGCAUGUCCACUAUCCCCGAGGUUCGCAUCACCACUCAGGCGAAUGAUACGGAGGUGGAGCUGUCUACGCCGGCAAAUUCCCACAAACAGUUCUCAGGUCCCACUGGUCCCCGUAGGCUCUCCUGCCCUGCAGUGGCUGAAACACCAUUGACGAUAGUCAGCACAGGAGUGGAAGAACAAGUCCAUUCCGUCCGAGGCAGCUUUUCUGCAAACCCUGGGAACUCAGUUCGGAGGAAAUCAUGUAUUGUGAAGGAAAUGGAAAAAAUGAAGAGCAAGAGAGAAGAGAGGCGGGCCCAGAACUCUGAAAUGAGACUAAAGCGAGCUCAGGAGUAUGACAACAGCGUUCCAAACUGGGAAUUUGCCCAGAUGAUAAAAGAAUUUCGGGCUACUUUGCAUUGUCAUCCACUUACUCUGACUGAUCCUAUUGAAGAGCACAGGAUAUGUGUUUGUGUUAGGAAACGCCCACUGAAUAAACAAGAAUUGACCAAGAAAGAAAUUGACGUCAUUUCCAUUCCUAGCAAGUGUCUCCUCCUCGUACACCAGCCCAAGUUAAAAGUGGACUUAACAAAGUAUCUGGAGAACCAGGCAUUCUGCUUUGACUUUGCAUUUGAUGAAACGGCUUCAAAUGAAGUUGUCUACAGGUACACAGCAAGGCCACUGGUACACGCAAUUUUCCAAGGCAGAAAAGCAACCUGUUUUGCAUAUGGCCAGACGGGAAGUGGCAAGACACAUACUAUGGGCGGAGACCUCUCUGGGAAAGCCCAGAAUGCAUCCAAAGGGAUCUACGCGAUGGCCUCCCAGGAUGUCUUCCUCCUGAAGAACAGCCGCUACCGGAAACUGGGUCUGGAAGUCUAUGUGACAUUCUUCGAGAUUUACAAUGGGAAGCUGUUCGACCUGCUCAAGAGGGCCAAGCUGCGCGUGCUGGAGGAUGGCAGGCAGCAGGUGCAGGUGGUGGGGCUGCAGGAGCGCCUGGUGAGCUGUGCAGACGAUGUCAUCAAGAUGAUCGACGUAGGCAGUGCCAGCAGGACCUCUGGGCAGACAUUUGCCAACUUCACCUCUUCCCGCUCCCAUGCCUGCUUCCAGAUUCUUCUUCGAACCAAAGGGAGAGUGCAUGGCAAGUUCUCUUUGGUGGAUCUGGCAGGGAAUGAGCGAGGUUCCGACACUUCCAGUGCUGACCGGCAGACCCGCAUGGAGGGUGCAGAAAUCAACAAAAGUCUCCUGGCUCUGAAGGAGUGCAUCAGGGCCCUAGGAGAGAACAAGGCUCACACCCCGUUCCGCGAGAGCAAGCUGACACAGGUGCUACGGGACUCCUUUAUCGGGGAGAACUCAAGGACCUGCAUGAUUGCCACUAUCUCACCGGGCAUAGGCUCGUAUGAAUAUACCUUAAACACACUGAGAUAUGCAGACAGGUACCAGUCCCAAUGGCCAGGUGGGGUGCGGAGGAGGGUGUGGGAGCGGGGAAAGGAAGGGCAGUGA